AGCUGAGGUGGAGAAUGAACGAGCGCCCAUUAGCAUCCGUGCUACAGCAUGAAAGAAACAUAAAUGUAUUUAUACGCCUUCAUUUCACUUACAAAACAUGCUGCACAACUGAACGAGGGGGCUGAUGUGUUUCACAGUGCUGGCCACAGAGGCUUUCAAGCCUGAUUGUGUGUGUGCGCGUGCAGACGCACACACGCACGCACAAAUAGAAUAUCCAGAGAGCCACAUGUAUGUAUUUUCUCAUCCAUUCUCAGACCUGAAAAAGUAUUCACUGAAUCACUCACUCACCGAGACAUUUUCUCCCUCACACACACACACUAGACACACUCACACCCCCCAUCCCCUUCACAAAAAAACCCACACUGUACACACACAUUUGAAAAACCACAAACACCUAUCCCCUUACACGCCCACUCACCGUUCCCCCUGUCUUUUUUUCUCUCCGCGCCUGGUAUUUCUCUCACUCCAUACACACAAACACAUUGAGGUAUGUAGUAAAGCGGGCACCUCGCAGUCAUCUCACUUUCUCCUGCUCCCCCUGGUGGCCAAACUGCGUCACGCCGCAGAAGCGCUGAAAAGCUGGAAUGAAAAAGACCGGGAGCACAAAAAGCAGAGAGACUGUGGAAAGGGGAGGUAAAGUAGUGCUUGGCUCCGCCCACCGGUGACAUCAGCGUUCUACUGAAGCUGAGCUAGAGGCAGAUGUAGCCUCACACUUGUAGUGCGCUCUAGGCAGACGAUCUGUCCUGCCAGUCCUCCUGUCCUCUCCCGAGCCAAAGGAGUGUGUGCGAGUGUAAAAAAAGUGUGUUGAGGACACGACCACGCAGACACACAGACACAGGGGCUCAUACAUACACACGGGCACACACACACACACAAACACACAACCACACAUGCACAGUGCGACUACAGGGCUGCUGCUGCUGCGGAGAAAUUGUCUACGAGACGCAGGGUUUUUUGGAUCUGGAAUCUUCUCCUUUUGCGCUCUGUUGGAUUUACUCUACUGGCUGGCGGAUUUUUUUGAUAAGGAUAUUUUUUGAUACCCUUUACAGUUAUUGGUUCACCAGGGAGUGACCUGAGGAGAUACACAGCAUGGGAAGUGCGGUGGGAAUCUGACAGGUGAGACCGCAGGUUCCCGAGGAGAGAGGAGAGGAGCGGAGCGGUGGGGACCGACCACGACAACAACGACCCGUCGCGCAAGCGGAGUUCCCCCACCUCCCUCCCCUGAGCCACGAGGCUGGAUACAUAAUUCAUUGCCAGUGCCCGGAGCAGCAGAACAGAACAGAACAGGAUUCUGGGAUUUCUGGAGGGCUGGGCGUUCGUUUUGGAAGUGAGCAGCGACGGGAUUUUGAGCGGCCUCCUGUUUUGGCUGCUGUUGGUGACCCAUGGCUCCACCUCACCCUGGUUGUCUAUGCCAGGUUACGACUGCGUAGAGUGGGGAGAGGAUCCGCCCUGGGCCUGGCCUGGCCCUGUUCUUUCUCAUCACGGAGCUUCCGAUCAAUAGAAAAGCUUCUAAUUUGAAGCUACUGCUCCAGGGCAUAACAGGAUUCUGCACCGCCGAGAGUGUGUGUUUUUUUUUCUCCUCCUUUCCUUCUUUAAUAUUCUCACAAUUGCAUGCGGGCACUGGAGCAGGAAGCCCACAGUUUUGUGUCAGAGCGGAGGAUCUUUCUUUAUAGGUUUAUCUACCAUGGCAAAGCCUUUGAUGGCAUGAACCCUGGACACCGCGGUACAAUAACCGAAGGGUCAGCCGCACAAACAAGGAUCAGUUAUAGCAAAUAACCGGGCCUGGGUCAGGAUCUAAACAAAGAGACCCCCUCCCACACACACACACACUCAGACGACACGGACAAGCGGCUCCAGAAAGGAAGAAGAAAGAGGAGCUUAACAGGCCUCAUUGGAUUGUCGGUGGCGGCGGCAAGAGGAUUUGCUGGCUCUUUUUAAAUCAGGGAAAUUCGGCAUACCCUACCCUACCUUUUCAACAGACGGCACUCAAGAUGUCGUGUCAGAACAGACUCCUCCUGGCUUUCCUUGUCAGGGCUGGAUUACUCUUGAGCAUGGCCCAGCUCCUCGUCAGCGCUGGCGAGGAGUCCUGCCCGUCACAGUGCCGAUGCGACGGCACCUUCAUCUACUGCAACGACCGGGACUUGACCUCCAUCCCCAGCGGACUCCCGCUGGAUGCCACCGUCCUCUUCCUGCAGAACAACCGCAUCAGGAGCUCCGGCAUCCCCACGGACCUGAAACGGCUGGUCAACGUGGAGAAGAUUUACCUGUACUGCAACAACCUGGACGAGUUCCCCACCAACCUGCCGCUGAACGUGAAGGAGCUCCACCUGCAGGAGAACAACAUCCGCGCCAUCACCCACCAGGCCCUGGGGCAGAUCCCGUACAUCGAGGAGCUGCACCUGGACGACAACUCGGUGUCGGCCGUCAGCAUUGAGGAGGGGGCUUUCAGAGACAGCAACCACUUGCGGCUGCUGUUCCUGUCCCGCAACCACCUGAGUACCAUUCCCUCCGGCUUGCCAAACACGAUCGAGGAGCUGCGCUUCGACGACAACCGCAUUUCCUCGAUCUCCGAGCAGUCGCUGGAGGAGCUCAUCAACCUGAAGCGGCUGGUGCUGGACGGCAACCUGCUCAACAACAGGGGCAUCGGGGAGAUGGCCUUCAUCAACCUCAUUAACCUGACGGAGCUCUCGCUGGUGCGCAACUCCUUGACCGCGCCACCCGCCAACCUGCCGGGCACCAGCUUGGAGAAACUGCAGCUGCAGGACAACCACAUCAACCGGGUGCCCUCGGGGGCCUUCGCCUUCCUGAGGCAGCUCUACCGGCUGGAUCUGUCGGGCAACAACCUGAGCAGCCUGCCGCCGGGCGUCUUUGAUGACCUGGACAACCUCACGCAGCUGCUGCUGCGGAACAACCCGUGGUACUGCAACUGCCACAUGAAGUGGGUGCGCGACUGGCUACGCACCAUCCCCGGGAAGGUCAACGUGCGGGGCUUCAUGUGCCAGGGUCCCGACAAGGUGAAAGGCAUGGCGAUCAAGGAUCUGUCCACGGAGCAGUUUGACUGCACGGAGGACGACGCGGCAGCACCCACCUACGAAACCACAACUGUUGCCAACACACCGAGACCACGUCCGCCCAAACCUUCCAAGUGGCCCUCGUAUGUGACUAAAAGACCUGUGGUUAAAGGGCCGGAUCUAAGUAAAAACUACCGCAGCACCACGCCAUCCGGCAGAAAGAUUAUCACUAUAAACGUCAGGUCCAGCAACGCAGAGACGGUUCACAUUUCCUGGAAGGUGUCGCAGCCCAUGACUGCACUGCGCCUCAGCUGGCUAAAGCUGGGACACAGUCCUGCCUAUGGGUCAAUUACGGAGACCAUCGUGCAGGGGGAGAGGACCGAGUAUCUCCUCACAGCCCUGGAGCCGGACUCGGCCUACCGGAUAUGCAUGGUUCCCAUGGAGACUAGUAACAUUUACCUGUCGGACGAGGCGCCCGUUUGCAUAGAGACAGAGACCAGCUCCCUGAACGCACACAACCCCACCACCACCUUGAACAGGGAGCAAGAGAAGGAGCCUUACAAAAAUUCCAGUCUGCCUUUACCCGCUAUAAUCGGAGUGGCCGUGGCCCUUUUGGCCAUCAUCAUGCUGGCGCUAGUGUGCUGGUACGUGCACAGGAAUGGUUCUUUGUUUUCCAGAAAUUGCACAUACAAUAAGGGCCGGCGGAGGAAGGACGACUACGCCGAGGCCGGGACAAAGAAGGACACUUCCAUUCUGGAGAUUCGGGAGGCAUCUUUUCAAAUGAUCCCGAUAAAUCACGUCCCCGUGACCAAGGAGGACUUUGUGAUACACACAAUUUUCCCUCCAAACGGCCUGAGCCUCUAUAAGAGCCCGCCAAAUGACAUGAAGAACAUGAAUAGCCUGAACAACAGGAGUUACAGAGACAGUGGAAUACCAGAUUCAGACCAUUCUCACUCAUGAUACACCAUUGACAAAAACAAACAAUAACUCCAAAGACGUUCUAUCGUGAAUGAGUGAGUGACGUGAGAAAUAGUUGGUCUUUUGCAACACUGGAUCUAAAAAAAAGACUGAAAAAGCAAUGUUCUGUACAUUUGCCAUAUAAUUUAUAUUUAAGGACGAUUUAUUAAAAGACAAAUGUUCAAAUUGCAGGCCAUCCCUGAACUGGCGGUGAAUGCAGUCACUAACUGCAAUUCUAUAUUUUAGAGAUUUGUAGUAAUUUGUACUGUAUUUCCUUUGCUUAAGGUUUCUGACCAAUUAAAAAAAACUUUGUGUUCUACUGAAAUAUGAUGACUUGUCAACUGUGAAAGUGGGUUUUCAUUGCUGUGUUGAACAAUCAGAUUUUAGAGAACCUUGUAGUAUAAAGCACAGGUCAUUCUUUUUUGCUAUGUUUCUGUCAAAAGAAGAAAAAAAACCUAUGGAAAGGCAAAAAAUGAGUACCUUGGGAAAAUGGGGCACAGCUGACUAAAUACAUGGAGGGAAUUCGGCCAUUUUGUCUUGUCUAGGGAGGAGCACAGAGCAUAUAGUCUACAGUGUCAUGGAAACGCAGGGCCUGUGCCUGGAAUCCUAGUUAGACGUUCAAGCAUGGCAGAGUGUCAGGACUCUGCUUCUGUGCUUUGUUUUGCUCGUGAAGAUAGAUUGUUCCCAGUAGUGCGGGACACGCAGACCCCCUCAGCACAGUUCCCUGGACUUCAAACUCCCUGGUCUUCAGUAUUACUGAUUGGUCACAACACAGGAACCACUUAAGCACACAGAGAUCUUUUUUUACAGGGAAAGAGCAGUGGUGUUUCAGUGUAGCCAGGGAAGGCAAGGAUGCCAAAUCUCAAAUUGUUCAAGUCAACAAGGCAGAACAACAACCGGAGCUUUCAGUAACAGUGUUCAGUCCAUACAUAAAUGUCAACAUUGCCCUUCGAAAUUAAUAUAUCCUGGGCAGUUAAAAAAUGAUAUGGUAAGAAUUACAUUUUGGCUUUUUUGGAAUACAAAGUGUUGGCUAUUUUUUUGUUGUUUAAAUAAUAAAUAUUAUUUGUAUUUUUUCCAAUUUAAGCCACUUUUAUGUUGCCACGAUUUUAUUGUUCUUUACAACUUAAGACCAAAGUGCAUUGUAUGCCCUUUGGCCUGUCUUGUAUGUGCCUUGAUCCAAUGCUUAAUGUAUUUAGCUUUUUGAAAGAAUAAAUCAGUGACUUAACUUUUUUCAUACACACUUGAAUAUGAUAAAAUAUUGGUCAUAUUGCAAAAAUAAAAGUGGAUAAAAAUGAAGUGCAUGGUCUCUCUUCACACCGCAUGGAAACCAACCCUAAGUAGAAAUCCAUCACUCUCACUCUCUCUCUCUCUCUCCCUCCCUUUUUCUUUCUAUACACACAUCUUUCAAUCCAUAUCCCUCUCCCGCUCUCUCGCCAUCCUCCCAUCUCUGACGCGGAGGGAGUCCUCUCCAUAGAGCAUCUUCCGCUCAGGGCCGGGAGUGCUCUUUCGUGAGGCUUAGCCAUGUAUGACUUAUCUGUUUUGGCCGGCACGGAGUGGGUAAUAGCAGUGCGACUCUGUGUGUGUGUGUGUGUGUGUGUGUGUGUGUGUGUGUGUGUGUGUGUGUGUGU